AUGGUAAAGUUUUCUAGACAAAUUCUUGAAGAUGCUGGAUUGAUCGACAAACCUGAUGCUCAUGAACUCGGACAGGAUGAUUCUCGACAGCGUCGAAUCGAUCAGGGCGACAAAAAGAAGUUGCUAGAUAUGAAACGCGAAGCUAGAAAUAUGGAAAAGACACGCAAAGUUCUACGAGCUGAUAAACACUUCGACUCGAUUUUGAACGACAAAGAAGAAGAGGAUCUAGAAAACGAGCAAGAUCCUAUGAAAGCUGAUGUGAAGACGGUCGAGUUCCUCUUGAGUUAUAAACAACGAGAUGUGGAGUUAAUUCGUCGCACUCACAAAUUUAGAAGGAAAGAUGCAGAGCUUAUCCGAGUUGUGAUUGCCGCAGGUCUGUACCCGCAGUACACCGUUCCCGAUCCAAUGAAUAAGUACCAGCAUGGACAGGAGCUUUUCGUUCAUACGCGAAUGAAACCAUUCAGUUUGAUACAUCCAAACUCCUCCAUUGCGCAGUACCAUGCAGUUAUUUAA